UCUCCUUUUUUUAAGAUUCUUCUUUCUCUUUCUUCUUUAUUAAAAAAACCCAAACCCACCAUUGGUGUUUCCUAUUCUAAAACCAUAGCACAUUCAAAAGGAUUAUGGUAGUUGCUGGUGAGGUUUUACAAUCUGGGUCUUCCCAGGAAUUGCAUGUUCUUGCUGUGGAUGAUAGUUAUGUUGAUCGUAAGGUUAUUGAAAAGUUGCUGAAGAUAUCUUCUUGUCAAGUGACGGCUGUGGAGAGUGGGGCAAGAGCUUUACAGUUUCUUGGUUUGGAUGGAGAGAAAGGGUCUGUGGGCUUCAAUGGUUUGAAGGUGAAUCUUAUCAUGACCGACUAUUCCAUGCCCGGAAUGACCGGAUAUGAACUCCUCAAGAAAAUCAAGCGAUCAGCAGCAUUCAGAGAAAUUCCUGUGGUGAUCAUGUCCUCUGAGAACAUCCUCACUCGUAUUGAUAGUUGCUUGGAGGAAGGGGCGGAGGAGUUUCUGGUCAAGCCCGUAAAACUGUCAGACAUAAAACGGUUGAUGGAAGACUGUGUAACGAGAGGCGAAACAGAGGAACAAGAAGGGAGAAGAGUCCACAAAAGGAAGUUAGAAGAUGAUAACCUUAACUCCUCCUCGUCGUCACCGCUAUCAUCCUCUCCGUCAACUACAGCAUCAUUUGGUUGUGACAUAUCGAUCCCGGAACUACUAUCAUCACCUCCACAUCCAUCGAAGAGGGCGAAAUUGCAUGACGGGGACUAGUUCUCCCCUCAUUCUCUUAUUUUUUUUGUUCAUUUUUUGUCUAUAUCCUUGUAGUUUCCCCAGUGAAAGAUAAUUUGCGAGGCACAUAGCAAAGGCCUGUUCAGAAGCUGACAAGAACUAUUUAGGACCAGAAACAGGGAAAUGAAGAGAGACAUACAAAUGAUAUUCCUUUUUGUUCUAUGUUAUGUAGGUAAAUUUGUUUUAGUGUGCAUAAUUAAGGUAUAGUGGAUCUAAA